AUGACCUGUCCCAGGCUGGUCUCCAAAGAUUUAGUCUCUGUGUAUGUUGGACAUAUCCAUCAUGAGGUCACCAAGGCUGAAUUGGUUGAACUAUUCAGUGGGUGUGGCAGGGUUGAAGAUCUCUUCAUUGUAGAGAACCAGCGAGCUGGAAGCUACAACUUUGGGUUUGUUCGAUUCAAGAAGAUGGAGAGUGCUGUGAAAGCAGUAACAGAUCUACAUCGCUGGAAACUCCAUGGAACCACGCUUGUGGUUGACCUGGCAAAGGAUACAUUUGAAAAGUUCGAGAAAGGAAACAUCAACAGGGAGGAUUUGUAUGGUAAAAAGGAAGGAGAUAAAGCUUCUAGCAGAGUUACCCAAAGUCCAGUAGGCACAAUGUCGGGGGUCAAUCCUGGGGUCAAAGAUGUCAUGUAUAUGAGCAGAGUUAGGGAGACUUGUAUCUCACUGGACUUGGAUGCAAGACUGAAGAUGCAAACAUUACCUGGCUAUGGAUCACGUUUGAACCAUGUGGAUGUUGACUGUCUUAUGGAAGACAUCAGUAAGGCUAAACAGGAUCGAGUUUCCACACAGUGUGAACCACUACCAGAAGAAGCUAGCAUAAAGAAUGUUAAGGAGAAACUGUUGCUUGGGACUGGAGAUGACUUGGCUUUGGGACGAGAGAAAGUGAAGGACUUUGUAUCAGCCUUAAGUGAUGUGAUGGGCACCAUCAACACCUUUCUGAAAGAGCAUCAGCUGGAGGAGUUGGGUGAGGAAAACAAAAUUGCUGAAUGUAAAACUGAAAUUACAUCAGACAACCUACAGAGUGAUGACAGCCGGCUUCAGGAUUACAAACAUGAGGAUAACAUACUGUCAGACACAUCACCCAGAUCUGAGAUGGUUGGUUCAAUUUCAGUAGCCUUGAAAGAUGUACCAGACCUAGACCCACUGUCUAGAGAGAGUAGCAUAUCCUCCUCAGAUGACAGUGACACAGGGGUGUUUGGGGGAGACUCUGGUGUAGAGUUUGAUCAUAAAUCUUGUGGAGGGGCAGCUGUGAUUCAGGGAGAUAACAGCCCAUUAACAGAACUCAAGUCUGACAGCACACCUGCUGCUAAGAAAUCUGACACCCAUUUUAAUCCUGUUGUCCAGAACUUCUUUGCAAGAGCUUCUCUAGGGCGAGGGAGAGGAUAUGGGCGUGGUACUCCUGCAGCAAUGGGCUAUGGAAGAGGCAUGGCAACACUACCUUUCCAGGGCUAUGGCAGAGGUAAUCGUCAUAUGAUCAAAAUAGGUGGCUGUCUUGUAUUGGACAGUAGUUUUGGAGGAGAAAUUGGAAGUGAUAUUGUAGCUGGAUUCUGCCUGUUGAAAAUCCUGGUGUGA